AAAGCGGUGAUGCGAAGGAUUGUACGAAAUUGUUGGUUGUAUGCACAGGACCGGCUCGUGGAGGAUAUGAUAUAAGGUCGAAUUAGAUUGAUGUUUUCCAAUUAUUCAUGGCGAGACAAGGCAGUAGUGAGAAACCAGAUAGAGGAAGAAUUGGGCAGUACAAAAGAACGCCGAGAAUGUUUCGUGGAACGUGACACACAGGGUAUAGUGGCGUCGACGAGUCAAAGAGGAUCUUUGCUUAAGAUGGACAAUCGACCAUCGUUUCUUGUGGGUACUCUGGACGCCGCAACAAAAGGAUACAACAAUAUGAUUUGCAGAACCGAAAAAUGA